UACAAAUGUGCGAUGUGCGAUGUGCGAUGUGCACCACGAACACGGCCAACGCAAAAAAAGAAGAGAAAAAAACAACAGUAGACAACACUUGCAAAUCGAAACGCUAGUUGGAAGAAAGAAGGCGAGGGCAACUUACUCAAAUCAUAUACAAUAUUCGAAUACAGAUUUGAUUGAACAGUUUGCACAGCUAGCGAUUAUUAUUAUUUAAAUAGCCGAAAUCAACCAAUUUAAUGCUAUGAGCGCCAACAAAACAAGUGAGGCGCUCACAGUGCCAGCAACACCAGCAUCAGCAUCAGCAUCAGCAUUACCAGCGGCAGCAACAACAACAACACCAACAACAACAAGUGCAGCUGUAAGCGAGGCAGAUACCGAAACGUCAGAUGCCAUAGCAACUGGAGGAAUCGUUGGAGUCGCAGCUGAUGAGAUUCAGGGACUGGCUGAACUGAAGCAUUUCAUCAGCGAGCUGCAGGAGAAAAUUGACGCCAAGCGCCAGCUGCGGCAGCAAAACGCAAACUUUGAGCUGCCUGGCGAUGAGUAUUUUGCGCGCCUGGACUCCAGCCUGAAGAAGAAUACGGCAUUUGUUAAGAAAUUGAAGCUCUUCACAAGUACACAGCUGGAGGCGCUAUUGCGUGAACUCUCGGCACUCAAUCUCAGCAAAUAUAUAUCGGAAAUAUGCGCUGCUCUAGCGGAGGCCAAACUUAAGAUGACGGAUGUGCCAGCCGUUGUUACAUUGGCUUCCAAGCUCCAUUGCACCUAUGCGGACUUCAAUACACAGUUCCUCGAAGCUUGGCAGAAAGCGCUCAAGGCAACCGAAAAGAUUAGCAAUCCGAGCAAAUUGCGUGUGGAUCUUCGUCUGUUUGCAGAGCUCGUCAGCUCGGGUGUUAUUCAGAUGAAGCCGGGUCUGGCGCUGCUUGGAAUGGUGCUGGUGCAGCUGAUAGCACUGGACAAGGAUGAUCAUAGCAACUUUUCAAUAAUAUUGUCGUUUUGUCGCCAUUGCGGCGAGGAGUAUGCCGGCCUGGUGCCGCAAAAGAUGCAACAGCUGGCCCUCAAAUACGAUCUCGAAGUGCCCAAAUCGGAUUUCUUAAGCGCCGACAAGCAGCUCAAUUUGCGCACCAUGCUCAAAGGAUACUUUAAGGCCCUCUGCAAGCAUGUGCUGGCUGAGCAGGCUGCCCUCAUGAACAUGACCAAGAACAUUAGACGAACCAUGGAGUGCAAGGGUGAAAUAAGCCAGGAGAAGCGCGAGAAGUGUGAACUGAUGCAGGCGAGCUUUGACAAACUUCUCGCAUCGGCUCAGUCGCUCUCUGAGCUGUUGGGCGAGCCGUUGCCGGAGCUGACCAAAGAGUCGGAGUGCUGUAAUCCGGGCACCGUCAUUGACAAUAUGUUGGACAGCGCCGCCUUUGGUACACUAGAUCCCUGGGGCGAUGAUGAGACGCGCGCCUUUUACACCGAUUUGCCAGACUUGCGACAAUUUUUGCCCAACUUUUCGGCACCCAAGGUCGAUCUGGAAACAUUCGAAGAGCCCAGCGAGCUGACCGAGGAGGCCAUCGAUGCCAACAUCGAUGCUGAGCUAGACAUGGACGAUCCGCCGUCAACAACCAGUGAUACGGCGCUCGAUAAGGAUCAAGAUGAACAACAGCCAACAAUUGCGCCCGCUGAAUCGGGUGCAGCAGCAGCUGCAACAACAACUGGAGCCGCGGGAGCUACUUUAGCUGCAACUCCGGCUACUGCUCCGCUGCCUAUUGAUAAGAAAAUGGGCAGUGCGCUAAUGGAACUGGGUCGUCAGCAACAGCAACAACAACAACAACAAACGCAGUCACAAUCGCAGAGCCAACAUCUACGACAGCAAUUCGAUGUAUUUCUACUUAAUCUGUUCAAUUGCGUUAAUAAGGAGUUGAUCGAUUCGGCAGCCAUUGAAUUUCUGCUCAAUUAUAAUACAAAACAUCAGCGCAAGAAGCUAACGAGAACGAUAUUUAGUGUGCAGCGAACACGGCUCGAUAUCUUGCCAUAUCUGUCACGAUUCGUGGCCAUUGUUCAUAUGUGCAACACGGAUGUGGCUGCCGAUCUGUCCGAUUUGCUGCGCAAGGAAUUCAAAUGGCAUAUUCGCAAGAAGAAUCAGCUGAACAUUGAGUCGAAGCUGAAGAUCGUACGCUUCAUUGGUGAACUGGUGAAGUUUGGCCUGUUCAAGAAGUUCGAUGCCUUGGGCUGUUUAAAGAUGCUAUUGCGUGACUUCAUACACCAUCAUAUCGAGAUGGCGUGCGCCUUUGUCGAGGUCAGCGGCGUCUAUCUGUACAAUUGUCGCGAUUCGCGGCUGCUGAUGAACGUCUUUCUCGAUCAGAUGCUGCGCAUGAAGACGGCGACUGCAAUGGAUUCGCGUCAUGCGGCGCAAAUUGAGAGCGUUUACUAUCUGGUCAAGCCACCGGAAUCGGCUAAGCGUGAGCUGACGCCCCGACCGCCCAUGCACGAGUAUAUACGUCAUUUGAUAUUUGAGGAGCUGUGCAAACAGAAUGUGGAGCGCUGCAUUAAGAUGCUGCGACGCAUCAAUUGGAACGAUCCGGACGUCUAUAGCUAUGCGAUCAAGUGCUUAAGCAAAGCGUAUCUACUGCGCUUCCCCCUCAUACGUUGCCUGGCCGAUCUCGUCUCCGGAUUGAGUUCUUACCAGCCGCGUGCUGUCACCAUUGUCAUAGACAAUGUAUUCGAGGAUAUACGCGCCGGCUUAGAGAUACAUUCGCCCAAGAUGUCACAGCGUCGCAUCGCAAUGGCCAAAUAUUUGGGCGAGAUGUACAAUUAUAAGCUGGUCGAGUCCUCACAUAUACUUAAUACACUCUAUUCGAUAAUAUCGCUUGGUGUGACAUUGGAUCAGUCCGUGAACUCGCCGCUCGAUCCGCCCGAGAGUCUGUUUCGAUUGAAGCUCGCCUGCAUGCUGAUCGACACCUGCGCCCCCUACUUCACCAGCCAGGCCACGCGCAAGAAAUUGGAUUACUUUCUGGUGUUCUUUCAGCGUUAUUAUUGGCACAAGAAGUCGCAUCCGGUGUUUAGCAAAUCGGAGAAUACUUCCGAUCUCUUUCCCAUACUUGUCGAUCACACCUAUCGUGACUGCUUGGCUGGUGUUCGACCGAAGCUGAAGUUGUAUAAGAAUCUGGAGCAGGCCAAGGAGGCCAUUGAUCAGCUGCAGGAGCAACUGUAUCCACAGCUAAAAGCCAGCAGCAGCAAUAACAAUGCCCAAGACGCUAGCUUGUCUACGAUCAAUGAAAUUACCGAACUUGACGACGGCGUUACGGAUGACUCCGGCUCAUCGAAUGAUCAGCGCGAGCGGCAAGCUGCCGGCGGCUCGGAGGCGGAUCAAGGCAACUGGACUGAAUAUGAGGCAGAGCCAGUUGCGCCACCGCCACCGCCAGAGAAGUCCAAAGAGGAUUUGGAAUUUGAGCAAAUGUAUGAGAAGAUGACCAGCGAUUCCUACCAGGAGCGAUUGAAGGAGCCGCCACUCAAAGCCACCAAUAAGGACAUACCUGUACCCAUGAUGGCUCGCCUUCAAAAGAAGUCCUACGACCAAUUAAACUGCAACAGUGCAGCGCAGAUCUCAAAGGCCAACGCUGCUGCGCCCGCAACUCCCGCAAACAACGCCAAUACUUUAGAUGGCGGUAGCAAUGUAACGGCAGCAGCUGCUGCUACCUCCUCGAGCGAUGCAACCGCCAAUGAGGGGGGCGGUGGCGGCGGUAGCAAGAGCAGCGGCGCUGUGCCGUUUGUGUUGAUGGUGCGUGGCAACAAAGGAGGCAAGCAGCAGUUUAAAUCCUUUGUAGCCCCAUCGGACUCGCAGCUGGCCAUCAAUCUAAAGCUACAGGAACAGAAGACACGCGAGGAGAAGGAGCGUGUAAAGCGACUGACAUUGAAUAUUACAGAACGCAUCGAGGAGGAGGAUUAUCAGGAGUCGCUGCUGCCGCUACAGCAGCGCAACUUUACGCAGAGCUAUUACCAGAAGCCCAACAAGCACAAGUUCAAGCAUCAGAAGGGUGCACCCGAUGCUGAUUUGAUCUUCCACUAAGCGUCAACUGUCCAGCAUGUCAACAGACUGCCUGCCAGCCUGCCUGCCUGUCUAUCUGCCUGCCUGUCUGUUUAGACGCUCCAAGAGCGCAAUCAAUGCAAAGAUAUCUCGCUUGUAGACUGGCGUCCAACAAGAUGUCCUCAAUGACAUAUAUAUAGGGGCAGACGGCCGAGCCAACUUUGUGUCUUUGUAUCAUUGUUAGCUGCUUAAUAUUGUUGUGGAACGUACUUAAGUUGGGAGUGUCCUUCUUACCAAGCCAACAAGUCCUCGGCAAACACACAUACACACA